UGUCUGUGUGGUGGUUUGAGAAAGUGAAUGUUGGGGCAUUGGAGUACUCAGGGUUUUUUGUUUGCCAUGGAUAAAGGGUGGACACAGUUACCCUUGUUUGUAAUCUUCCUGCUCUUUUUGAGUAAUACUCAUGGAUUUAAAGGUGGGGCUCAUUCAGAUGCCCGCCACCGGUGGGGCCAAGCUUCAGACAGAACGUUCUCACCUCGUGCAGUCCAGUCUUCUGUGUCAGAGGUCCCUGUGACUGGGAUUUUGCCUGAAGAAGUGGGCUCUAGUUUAUUCGCUAACAGACCCCUGAAAAGGUUGAACUUACUCCAAUUUGUUAAAGGUGGUGUUUCCAGCAGGCAUGAAUCAAUGUCCCAUGCCCAGACAGCUCCAAGCAGCUCUGUUUUAGCUUCCUUGCCUCUACCCUUAAAUGAACGGCAUGCAGGCCGUUUGACAUCGCUCCAGGGUUCCUCUGGAUCAGCCGCUACAGAUACUACUAGUGUUUCUACACAAGGAGAAAGUAGCUUCCCUGCCACACUUGGCACUUCUGGCCUGUCCACCAGUGAUGAAAGCUCCCCUAGUUUGUACAUGUCCAGCUCCCUGGAAACCUCUGGUGCUAAAUCAGCAGAAGCCACUUUGCCUGUGUUCUCUCAGGAGAGUAUCUCUUACAGCAGUUCAUCUGCUCCAGGUGCCACGUACACUUCUCAAGGUAGCCCAGUGCUGGCUUCAGAAGGCUCUGGUCAAUCCAUCUCCCCUCAGGGUGAAAGCAGUUACAGUGGCUCGCCUCAGUCUCAAGGUGCCUCGAGUCAAUAUAACCCAGGCUCCUAUAACAUGCUCAGUUCUUCAUCUGUUUCUAGUCAGUCUACCAGUGACCAGAGUACCCCCGGUUUGUAUAGUUCUAGCUUUCAGGGAAGUUCGGGCAGUUUGUUGGAAGCUUCUGGCUCUUCUUUUCAAGGGGAAGUGGCAGGGCUUAGCUCUCAUGUUGACUUGUCUCCCCAAUCACAAGACAACUCCAGUCAGCUUCUACCCUCACAAAUGGAGGUCUCUAGCCAGUCUACUAAUGGUCAAAGCACUCCCAGCUUGUUUAUGCUUGGCUCUGAGAGCAGUUCAGAUUCACAGUCAACAGGUCCUGCUUCACCUCUAGACACUCAGGGUAGUCUCUCUCAAAGCAUUUCUAGCCAGUCCACAAGCGUUCAAAGUUCACCUAGUGUGUCUACAAGCACCCAGAGCAGGUCUGCCACUCAAUUAACUUCCAGUAAUUUUUUUCCUGUGCAGGGAGGUAGUAGUUCUACUUCUAGCUUCUAUCUGAAGCCUCAGGGCACUCUGGGUCUGUAUGCCCCUGCGUCCCGUACCAAAUAUGUGAGUUCCCCCAUGUCAUCACACCCAGCUGUUUAUAGCCAGUCAAAAAGUAGCUCUGGUCCUUGGUUUGGGGGCUCUACUGGCUUUGCCUCCCAUGGAAUAAGUAGCACUUACAGUGGUUCUGUCCAGCCUCAAGGUACCACAAGUCAGUUUGCCUCUGGGUCUCCAUCCUACUAUCCAAGUGUAUCACUAUCCUCGCCACAAGGGGCCUCCAGUCAGUCUGCUACAGUCCAAAGUUCACGGAAGCAGAUUGCCUCUAGCUAUGGCACCCAGUCAGGGUCCUCUAAGCCAUUCACUCUGCAGGGAAGCUCCACUUAUGGUGGGUCACUCCAGCCUCAAGGUACCUCAAAUCAGUUUGCCUCUGGGUCUCCAUCCUCCUAUCCAAGUGUAUCACUAUUCUCACCCCAAGGUGCCUCCAGUCAGUCUGCUACAGUCCAGAGUUCACGGAAGCAGAUUGCCUCUAGCUAUGGCACCCAGUCAGGGUCCUCUAAGCCAUUCACUCUGCAGGGAAGCUCCACUUAUGGUGGGUCACUCCAGCCUCAGGGUACCACAAGUCAGUUUGCCUCUGGGUCUCCAUCCUACUAUCCAAGUGUAUCACUAUUCUCACCCCAAGGUGCCUCCAGUCAGUCUGCUGCAGUCCAGAGUUCACAGAAGCAGUUUACCUCUACCUUCACAGGCAACUCUGGCACCCAGGAAGGACCCUCUGUUCCCUUCAAAUGGCAGGGAAGCACCACCUAUGGUGGAUCACUCCAGCCUCAAGAUACCACAAGUCAGUUUGCCUCUGGGUCUCCAUCCUCCUAUCCAAGUGUAUCACUAUUCUCACCCCAAGGUGCCUCCAGUCAGUCUGCUACAGUACAGAGUUCACGGAAGCAGUUCACCUCUAGCUAUGGCACCCAGUCAGGGUCCUCUAAGCCAUUCACCCUGCAGGGAAGCACCACUUAUGGUGGAUCACUCCAGCUUCAAGAUACCUCAAAUCAGUUUGCCUCUGGGUCUCCAUCCUCCUAUCCAAGUGUAUCACUAUUCUCACCCCAAGGUGCCUCCAGUCAGUCUGCUACAGUCCAGAGUUCACGGAAGCAGAUUGCCUCUAGCUAUGGCACCCAGUCAGGGUCCUCUAAGCCAUUCACCCUGCAGGGAAGCACCACCUAUGGUGGAUCACUCCAGCCUCAAGAUACCUCAAAUCAGUUUGCCUCUGGGUCUCCAUCCUCCUAUCCAAGUGUAUCACUAUUCUCACCCCAAGGUGCCUCCAGUCAGUCUGCUGCAGUCCAGAGUUCACAGAAGCAGUUUACCUCUACCUUCACAGGCAACUCUGGCACCCAGGAAGGACCCUCUGCUCCCUUCAAAUGGCAGGGAAGCACCACCUAUGGUGGAUCACUCCAGCCUCAAGAUACCACAAGUCAGUUCGCCUCUGGAUCUCCAUCCUACUAUCCAAGUGUAUCACUAUCCUCGCCACAAGGGGCCUCCAGUCAGUCUGCUACAGUCCAGAGUUCACGGAAGCAGAUUGCCUCUAGCUAUGGCACCCAGUCAGGGUCCUCUAAGCCAUUCACUCUGCAGGGAAGCUCCACUUAUGGUGGGUCACUCCAGCCUCAAGGUACCACAAGUCAGUUUGCCUCUGGGUCUCCAUCCUACUAUCCAAGUGUAUCACUAUUCUCACCCCAAGGUGCCUCCAGUCAGUCUGCUGCAGUACAGACUUCACAGAAGCAGUUUACCUCUACCUUCACAGUCAACUCUGGCACCCAGGAAGGACCCUCUGCUCCCUUCAAAUGGCAGGGAAGCACCACCUAUGGUGGAUCGCUCCAGCCUCAAGAUACCACAAGUCAGUUCGCCUCUGGAUCUCCAUCCUACUAUCCAAGUGUAUCACUAUCCUCGCCACAAGGGGCCUCCAGUCAGUCUGCUACAGUCCAGAGUUCACGGAAGCAGUUCACCUCUAGCUAUGGCACUCAGUCAGGGUCCUCUAAGCCAUUCACCCUGCAGGGAAGCACCACCUAUGGUGGAUCACUCCAGCCUCAAGAUACCUCAAAUCAGUUUGCCUCUGGGUCUCCAUCAUCCUAUCCAAGUGUAUCACUAUUCUCACCCCAGGGUGCCUCCAGUCAGUCUGCUACAGUCCAGAGUUCACGGAAGCAGUUCACCUCUAGCUAUGGCACCCAGUCAGGGUCCUCUAAGCCAUUCACUCUGCAGGGAAGCUCCACUUAUGGUGGGUCACUCCAGCCUCAGGGUACCACAAGUCAGUUUGCCUCUGGGUCUCCAUCCUACUAUCCAAGUGUAUCACUAUUCUCACCCCAAGGUGCCUCCAGUCAGUCUGCUGCAGUCCAGAGUUCACAGAAGCAGUUUACCUCUACCUUCACAGGCAACUCUGGCACCCAGGAAGGACCCUCUGUUCCCUUCAAAUGGCAGGGAAGCACCACCUAUGGUGGAUCACUCCAGCCUCAAGAUACCUCAAAUCAGUUUGCCUCUGGGUCUCCAUCCUCCUAUCCAAGUGUAUCACUAUUCUCACCCCAAGGUGCCUCCAGUCAGUCUGCUACAGUCCAGAGUUCACGGAAGCAGUUCACCUCUAGCUAUGGCACCCAGUCAGGGUCCUCUAAGCCAUUCACCCUUCAGGGAAGCACCACCUAUGGUGGAUCACUCCAGCCUCAAGAUACCACAAGUCAGUUUGCCUCUGGGUCUCCAUCCUCCUAUAAUGGUCAUUGUGUAUCGUUGUCCUCGCCCCAAGGUGUUGCCGACCAGUCCAGCCAAGCAUUUCAAAGCUUUUCUGGGUCCCAAAGCCAAAAGUCUCAAAGAUGGCAGCCUUCACGAGGUAUUCAGACCUCAGGUGCAGCUGCAUCACAGGGCAGCUCUCUGUCUCAAAGCUCUCCAAUGCAGAGUUUGUUUCCUUCCCUGUCAUCAGCAGGAGGCUCAUCUUCAGGAGAUCCUGGACCGUUUGUUUCUGCACAGGGUGGUAGCAGCAGAUAUGGUGGCUUUUCUCUUCAUUCUCAAAGCCCCUCUAGCAAGUACACCCCUGGGUCUCAUGCAUAUGCCAAGCUUGCUUCCUCUCCCCUAGCUGUUUCUAGCCAGUCUACCAGUGAUAAGCGGUCAAAUGGCCUGUAUAGCUCAGACUCUCUGCGAACCCUGGGUCUCAUUGGUGUAGUUGAAAGACCCUCUAGACUCCCAUCUCAAGCUCCUUCUGACUCUACAAGCAGUAACCAGAUAUCUGAGCAUUUUGUGGCCAUGCAACGCCCCACAGGUUCAAACCUAACUCCAUCUCUAGGCUUGAGUGCCCAAGCAUCAUCUGUUGGCAUGUUCUCUGGUAUCCCACAGACUGCGCAGGCUCUACGUGAAUCUGGGUCAGAUGUCCAGCUAUACAAUCGACCAUUCCUCAAUCAGCUAUACUCCGUAAAGGGCUAA